GUCCCCUGGGAAUCUACACAUCCCCUACUUAAAUACCUCCACAAGACAUUUCUUCAUUUUUAUCUCAAAACAAGCUCUAUCUUCUCUAUCCAUUUCAAGAUUCUUGAUAUCUAAUAUUCGAGAUUUUACAGCGAGAAUGGAGGGUGAUCACUUGAUGGGUUGGAACAAAAAUUCAUCCGAGGGGGGAGAAUCUGAAGAGCCGAAAGUAACAGUUCCGGAGACACCGAAAGAGCCCUUGGAUUUUUUGUCCAGGUCGUGGAGUCUUUCUGCUACGGAGAUCUCGAAAGCUCUGGCUCACAAAAAUAUUUCCAAACAAUUUGUUGUUACUAACAAUAGUCCGCCUCGAGUUCCUGAACCAGUCAUUGCACCACACAUGAAGGCGAACAUUAUGAAUGUCGUUAAUGCUCCGAAACCAAGGACAAUUGGGAGAUGGUUCCAUAAGAGGGAGAUGAGCAGCACGGUGAAGAAGAAAGAGAAAGCACGGAUAGACAACGCGCACCUGCAUUCGGCUACCUCAGUUGCUGGAGUAGCCGCAGCACUGGCUGCAGUUGCUGCAAACAAAAAUGCAAAAGAAUCGGGCUCCAAAAUGAGUUCUUCUCUGGCAUCAGCUACAGAACUCUUGGCGUCUUAUUGUAUCGAGCUGGCGGAAUCAGCUGGUGCUGAUCAUGAUACUGUGGCCUCUGUUGUUAAAUCAUCGAUUGAUAUUCGAAGUCCAAGUGAUUUACUUACUCUGACAGCUGCUGCUGCAACUGCUUUGAGAGGAGAAGCGGCUUUGAAGGCCAGAGCUCCGAAAGAAGGAAAGAAGACUGCUGCCAUUAGCCCGUAUGACAGAAACGUCCCAGAAGCUCGCGUGAUUGAUGAUUUAGGCGAUGAAUCUCAGGGGAGGGAUCCUCCUUGCAUAGGAGAUCUGCUACAACACACUUGUAAAGGUGUCUUUCGGUGGAAGCAUGUGUCAAUCUACAUUAAUAAGAAAUAUGAGGUGACAAUCAAGCUCAAGAGCAAACACGUUGGAGGAGCUUUUUCAAAAAAGAACAAAUGUGUUGUCUAUGGAAUCUGCGACGAGACUACUGCAUGGCCGUUUAAGAAAGAAAGGGAAAAUGUAGAAACUCAUUUCGGAGUUAAGACAGCCAAAGGACUACUAGAAUUCAAGUGCAAGAACAAGAUCCAUAAACAAAGAUGGGUCGACGGGAUCCAAAAUCUUCUGUGCAGAACCAUCAACACACAUGAAGCACAACAGUCCCUGAGCUUCUUAAAUAUCAAGUAG